AUGGAUUCCAAUGGAGACAAUCAAUCAACAAUUGGCGUUAUUUUGAACCAGUUUGUCUUUGCUGCUUCUAUUACAAAAAAGUCGUCCAACUCCUCGUUUCUCAAAAAGAAAAGUGAUGGUAGUUUUCGAGCUAAUGCCAUGGAGACUCAAGAGAUCCAAGAAGCAUUCGAACUUUUUGACGUCGAUAAAACUGGCUACAUAGACACGAAGGAUUUGAAAGUGGCCAUGCGCGCUCUGGGUUAUGAGCCAAAGAAGGAAGAGAUUAAAAGACUAGUGGCUGAAUAUGAUCCUGAGGGGAAAGGUGUUCUUUCUUUUUCUGACUUCCUUAGAAUGAUGUCUUUAAAAAUGCAAGACAAAGAUGCUCGCGAAGAAGUAUUAAAAGCAUUUAAACUGUUUGACGAUGACGAAACUGGUGCGAUUUCGUUCAAAAAUCUGAAACGUGUUGCUAAGGAACUGGGCGAAAAUCUUACUGAUGAGGAACUACAGGAGAUGAUCGACGAGGCAGAUCGUGACGGUGAUGGCGAAGUGAAUGAGGCUGAGUUCCUUCGCAUCAUGAAAAAGACAAACAUGUACUAA